AUGGCACGUCAUUGUUUGAUCUGUCUUUCUGUGUCUUUCGUUCUAGAUGGAUAUGGCGUUUUCGUAAUUGAAUCUCCACCGUCAGAAGUCAACCAUCAUCCAGCUUGUAGUGUGUGUUUUUGGUCAAAAGGCUUGUAUAUGUGA